AAUUCUCCAACUACCGCUUGGAUAAAGCUAUAACAUUCUCAUGCAACCUUUUUUUUUCUCUUUACUUCAUUCAUUUUUAAUACUUUGCAUUGCUUCUUUAAGCAACCUGAACUUCAGCAGUAAUUGCCCUUGUAUCUAGUAUUUUGCUUACCUAUACUAUUCUUAUAACCCCGCGGCUUAAUCGGAACGAACAGCGGCAUCGUCAAACGUUCCCCCCCACCACAAAGAGGAAAGACAUGAGCUCCGAGACCACCGAGAAGAUGUCGGCGGCCACGCGCGAGGUAUUAGGUAAGGUGCGCCAGCUGGUGCCGCCGAUGCUGGAGAAGUUUCAUAAAGGUCAAUUGGGUCGCGUGGCUGUUAUUGGCGGUAGUGAGGAUUAUACUGGCGCGCCGUAUUUUUCAGCUAUGGCGAGUGCUCGCUUGGGCUGCGAUAUGUCCCACGUCAUUUGCACACCCGGUGCCGCCGCCGUGAUUAAGACGUAUAGCCCGAACCUGAUGGUGCACCCGCUCAUGCGCCAAUCUCCUCCCCCGGGCUCCGACUCAAGCUCCCCCGCCGACACGGACCCCGCGCAAGUCUCCAGCAAGAUCAUCGAUAUGCUGCCGCGGCUGCACGCGCUGGUCGUGGGUCCGGGGCUGGGGCGGGAUCCGUUGAUGCAGGAGACUUGUGCCAAAGUCCUCGCCGCAGCGCGCGAGCGCAAGAUGCCCGUAGUACUAGACGCAGACGCACUGGCUAUCGUGCUCAAGACUCCCGAGCUGGUAAUAGGCUGGCGGGAGGUCGUGCUUACGCCGAACGUAGUCGAAUUCGGGCGGCUGUGGAAGGGCAUCAAGAUGGGCUCGUCGGCUCAGAGCGAAGAGGCGGGCAGCGGGGCAGAUUCGCCCAAACAAGUCGAGGCGCUAUCGCGCGCGCUCGGCGGCGUGACGAUCGUGCAGAAGGGCGGCAAGGAUUUCAUUAGCAACGGCGAGACGACACUAACAGUCGAUGUGCAAGGCGGGUAUAAGAGAAGCGGCGGCCAGGGAGACACGCUUACGGGAAGUAUUGCGACGUUCUUGGCCUGGCGAAAUGCGUACCUAGAAAAGAUCUGGGACCACGGCGGCAACCUUAGCGAGGCAGAGACACUCGGAUUAGCUGUCUUCGGAGGCGCGGCUAUCACAAGGGAAUGUUCCCGCCUUGCCUUUGGGAAGAAGGGUAGGAGUUUACAGGCUAGUGAUCUGACGGACGAGGUCCACACAGCAUUCUUGAACGUGAUCGGGGAACCGACUGAGAAGCAAAGUUAGAACCAGCCAUGGUCUACGAACAACAGCACAGCCACGACUAUGAGCCAAAAAGAUUUUCUCACAUGAAGAUAACAUGCAAUUAGCAUCACUGUUGUAUUAAGACGGCUCAUCCAAAUCUGUCAAGCUUGCAUGGCCUGGAAUCUAGCCCGAUAUAUAUCGUAUAAGGUCAUCUCACAUAGUUCGACCAAAUGUUUACUUGUACAUAGGCUAAUUUCAGUAGAGAACCGACGGUAUAUGUGACCAUGAUAUACAGAUUCUUGUCAUAUGCAAGCUAGCAGUUAGUUCUAUGUCAGAUAGGCAUCAAAAUGCAGUGUGAUCACGCCUUGUAACUCUGACAAAUGUCAGACCCCCGUGCUACAAUAUUGCGAUACUCAUUCGUGCGAGAACAUGA